AUGACAUCGAUAUCGCUCCUACCGUUGUUUGUGAUGUUGAUAAUGUUUCUGUUCCUAACCGGUCUCACUUCCAAGCAACUUCACCCCGAAGGAGGUAUAGAAGGCCUCAUUCGUGAGGUGAAAAAAAGAGCGCGAAAGUCAAGGAGUGUGUCUGAAGAAAAUCUUGAAGUGGUCAAUGUGGAAGAACAUAAAUUGGAUUAUUGGCAUGGGUUUAUUCCUAACGAAGAUACGGCGUUGAUACUCAAAAAUGAUGGCGACUUUCUCAUCAGGUUGUUAAUGGAAGAACCUAAGCCAAUUUGUAUCUCGGUUAGAGAAGGAGCAAAGGUGUACAACGCAAUUGUUAAUCGAACUGAAACCGGAGGGUUCGAACUGGCAGGCAUAGAAUAUCCUUCGAUCAAAACAAUGGUAGAUGAGUUGCAGGUUCGGAAGAGACCUAUUCAAAUCGAUGGUGCUCAGGUGGUUCUGAACUGCCCAGUACGCCGGAAACAGUGGGAGUUAAAACAUUGCAUGAUAACAUUAGGUAAACGUCUUGGAAAAGGCUCUUAUGGAAGCGUCUACAAGGGAAUAUUACGCAAAGAUCGCCAAACCAUUGACGUAGCUGUGAAAGUUUUGAGCGACAUGAGCCCCGAGAAUUCCUAUGCUUUAUGGAAGGAGGCUCGAGUGAUGCAAAUGUAUGAUCAUCCACAUGUGGUUCGGAUGUAUGGUGUAGCGAACGAUACAGAGCCGUAUUACCUUGUGAUGGAAUUGGUUUCGGGUGGAGCGUUAAACGAUUUUCUCAAAAAGAAAGGGAGGCAUGCUAAGACCAGCAAAAGGGUACAGAUCUUGUACGAAGCAUCUCUUGGAAUAGAAUAUCUGCACAGCAGAGGAUGUAUCCAUAGAGAUAUCGCAGCGAGAAACCUACUACUUGACAAGGUCGUGAAGGUUGCUGACUUUGGUCUUACGAGGAAAUCAAAGUCUUACAAGGUUAAUCCGGACAAACCCAUGAAUUUGAGAUGGUUAGCACCUGACGUGUACCAUACUGGCAUAGUCGAAAAACACACGGAUGUGUAUGCGUUCGGAAUAACAAUGUGGGAAGUGUUCCAGAUCCCUUAUCAGAUACCGUACCGCGAAUGGAAUGCAGAUGAGGUCUAUCAAAACGUCGUUGAUGGCACCUAUCGGCUCAGCCCACAAGACAUAAUGCCUACCGAUGUUGCAAGUUUGUUCAGAGAGUGCAUAGCUGAACCGCAGUUGAGACCAACAUUCAAGUCCAUAGUGUUAUUUCUAAAGGAAGGCAGUGUCGGAACUGUGACAUGGCUUGCUAUUUUGCUGUUCUAUAAUGUACCAGUUGAACGUACAGCAAUCUGCACCUACAAAAUUAAUGCUUUCUGUUCAAACAACCUGGACUACCAUUUGGAAACUCCUAAGAAACUCCUAGAAAGCAGCUAUAUCAACACGACAACGCAAUAUGUUUUAUUACUCUCUGUUGUAUUUCGAUGUUGA